CAGAAGGUCGGUCAAUAACAACAACAACAACAGAAGUGAGCAGCUAACACACAGUCAAACCGCGAGCACUUAAUCUAGUGGAUUCAUUCAUUGUUAGCGGGAAACUGACAACUUCCGGCCGUAGUUUGAACAAUUGAACUCUCUGGAUUAUCCACUAAUGCUAAACGUGUUAACUUGCUAGCAGAGGAGCUAGGUCUACCGGCGGUUAGCUCCCAGGCUAUAUUAAACUGAAGUCUUCCCGGUGCGUCCGGAACAUAAAUCGCUCAGAAGGGACGUUGGCUCCGUUAGCUGUUAGCAUGCAGUGUGCAAACCCCCUGAAGAAAAGAAGUUUGGAAACAGAGCUGGAGCCGUGGAGCUGCAGAGCGAAGCGAGUGUGUUUGGAGGCGGAGGUCCGGUCAGCUGAGUGUCCAAUGGAAACGUCCCACACUUUUACUCUGUCCAGUCAGCAGCAAGAACAGCAGGUUGGUGUGAUCCAGCCCAGACCUCCUCUGCUCUGCUGUCCCAGAUGUCUCGGAGGAGAACCAGGUCACAUCAACCACAUCAUGGGCCACUGAGGAGCCAAUCAACGCCACUGAUACAGGAGGAGGAAGAGGAGGCAUCCCAAUCCCCUGACCCCUUCAGGGACCUCCGAGUCAUCCUGGAAAACCUUUAGCACAUCAGAAACUGCCCAGUCAUGACACUGUCUUACAGCCGUCCAAUGAGAUUCUCCACUUCACUCCAGCUGGAUGAUGUCAUCAUGACCUCACCCACUUAAAGGACCAAUCAGGUGCUUGUUUGUCAGAUUUUGUCCCUUUAACUAAACUAUUAUUUUUACAUUCUCGAUCCAGUGUGAAGCUUUGUUCUCUCUAAACUUUUCUCAGCUGAAAGUCCAACUAGCUUCCAGAGCUUUCAGCCACAUCUAAUGGUCUUCCUCAGUUUGCUCAGUUGUCAUGGAUGGUGUGUUUAAAACCCUCCAACGUCUAAGUUUGCAUGACAGUCAGGUCUUCACUUUGACUUACAGUGUUGAACUGAACCGACUGAUUUGAAAUGAGUAACUGAAAGGAAAUCAGCCAGACUUUGGAGAAAUGACAAAAUUCAUGUUUUUUUCUUCUGGGUUUGAUUUUUCCAACAACAAGGCUCCUGUUCAGCAUCCCCUCUCGCUUCUCAGGUGUCCACUUGUCUUUGAACAUACCAUCACACAGAGUUUGGAGAAUCAGCAGGAAUGUUUAGCUCCUUUAAUGGCGUAAUGUACGAUCGAUAAACCACAUCAUUGUAUUAGCCCUGCCCCUCAACCCGCCCUCCUCUACCUACUUGAUGUCUGAUUGGUUCACAUGUUCCGUCACACACAAUAAUGCAACAAUUGCGAUUCGCGAUUCUACGUGCAGUGAACUCGCAAGUUUGAUAUGAGUAGUUUUAAAGCAGCUAUCAAUAACUACUUUAUAAUCAGUGACUCUCUGCUGUGAUUGGUCACCCUGACAUGGUCAGUGAUUUGACCGUAGACCGUUCAGGAUGGCUUGAUAUUGGUCAACAAGGUGAAUUCACAGCUGAAAGCUGAACUAGUCGUGAGUGAAUCACCUGAUCACAGAGUCCAAUGUCUUUGACAUUUACAAGAUCAGAUAAACUUUAUCGAUCACAAAAACCGAAGGCCCAGCACCGUCCCACAGCUCUCCUCCUUAGACCAUGUACACGAGGUCUUUGAGCCAGUUUCAGAAGCGACUUGUGGUGUCCACCAGAGGCCGAGCAAGAACAGAAAUACUGAAUGAGCAUUUGCUUAAACUCGUUCUUAUCUAAACAUACACAAAACAAACUGUUCCUGAAUUUUAGUUCCUGGUGUUGUAAGAAACAAACUUUUCUUAUGUCUGCAACAGAACUGAAGUUCUCUCUGCUCUCUGCGUCACAUUCAAAAAGAUCUGACGUAAACAUGUGAAUCGUCCUUUACAACCAUAUCCAACACAGUAACAGCUAAUGCUAAUUAUGUUUGAGGUAAAAUGUUUCUGUCAGAUUUCUUUUUAACACAAAUUGAAGGGAGCCACAUCAAAGUGUUAAUUAACUAUCAUCUGAUUAUUUCAAUUAUCAAUAUCAGUAUUGAUCGGACUGCAAAACGGACAUUAGUUUGUCUUAUGUGUCAGAGAAAAGGCACUGAUGUAGCCGUUGUUUUCAGAUUCAGACAGUUUCUGUCUGUUGCAGCUAAAAUUUAAGGGUUUUUUUAAGGUGGUCUUGUAAAAUAAUGAAAAAUGUAUUCUCACUGGACUCCCUUUAAAGGGGUUUUGGCAUUUAAGGGAAAUAAAUUCAAAUGUUAAUUUGUUCUUCAUGAAGAGUCUUCCUGUUUAUAGAUUUAUAUUUUUAUGAGGGAGAUUUUUAUAUUUUGGAGCAGUUUUUACUGAAUCUGACUGAAUGUAAAGCAGCUUCCUGCAGAGCUCUAUUUUUGAUGACAUUAUUUCCUGCUUUGGGGCUGACCAAUCAGAGCACUGCAUUUGUACUGAU